AUGACUAACCCAACAAAUCCUGAUGAUGAAUUGGCGAUAAAUAUCGGCAAUUUAUACAUGCACAACAACAACAAAUUCAAAACCGAAAUGGUUAUUGCUGUUGAAGCGGUUUUUGAUGCUCAAAAAGAAAAAGAUAUACAAGAACUAGCUCAGCUUCAAAAACAAGCUGAUGAUAAAAAAAAAGAAGCUGAUACAGCACAAAAACAAGCUGAUCAACGAGCCGAGGAAUUUAAACGAAAAUAUGGCUCAAUGUAG